ACCGCUCCGACACAACAGACAGUCUUCAUCCUCUGUCUCUCCGUACUCUCUCGCACGCAAUCUCACGCCCUCUUCCGGCAGCAUCCAUUGUGUGCACACGACUCCAUUCAAGACAAACCACACCAACCCUUCACAGCCCAUCAUGUCUUCGGCGCUUAACAAGACGCGCAGAAAGAAGAAUGUCAAGAAGGGAAUCCAGUUCUGCCUGAUGGUUUGCGGUGCCUCAGGUACUGGCCGGACAACCUUCGUCAACACGCUUUGCGGCAAGCAGGUGCUUGGACACAAGGAGGUGGACGACCCUACCACUGCCCACGUUGAGGAGGGCGUCAAGAUCAAGCCCAUCACUGUCGAACUCGAUGAGGAAGGUACCCGCAUCUCGCUCACAAUUGUCGACACGCCCGGAUUUGGAGACCAGAUUGACAACGAGGCCAGUUUCUCAGAGAUUGUCGGAUACCUUGAGCGACAGUACGAUGGCAUUCUUGCGGAGGAGUCGCGUAUCAAGCGUAACCCACGCUUCCGUGAUGACCGUGUACACGUACUGCUAUACUUCAUCACGCCUACUGGCCAUGGUCUCCGUGAACUCGACAUUGAGCUCAUGAAGCGCCUUUCCCCCCGCUGCAACGUCAUUCCCGUGAUCGGUAAGGCCGACUCACUCACACCCGCUGAGCUCGCCGAGUCGAAAAAGCUCGUCAUGGAGGACAUUGAGCACUACCGUAUCCCUGUAUACAACUUCCCUUAUGAUGUUGAAGAAGACGAUGAGGACACGGUUGAGGAGAACGCUGAGCUCCGUGGCUUGAUGCCCUUUGCCAUUGUUGGAUCCGAGGACAUUGUUGAGGUGAACGGCCGACGGGUGCGAGCGCGACAGUACCCCUGGGGUAUCGUAGAGGUGGACAACCCCCGCCACUCGGACUUCCUUGCCGUGCGAAGCGCGCUUCUGCACAGCCAUCUCGCUGAUCUCAAGGAAAUCACGCACGACUUCCUGUACGAGAACUACCGUACCGAGAAGCUUAGCAAGAGUGUUGAGGGUGGUGCUGCUUCGAACGACUCGUCGAUGAACCCCGAGGACCUUGCCAGCCAGUCAGUGCGUCUGAAGGAGGAGCAACUGCGCCGCGAAGAGGAGAAGCUGCGCGAGAUUGAAGUCAAGGUACAACGCGAGAUCAACGAGAAGCGACAGGAGCUCCUGGCACGCGAGAGCCAACUGAAGGAGAUUGAGGCACGCAUGCACCGGGAACAGAGUGGUAUGGCGCAUGACGACGCGGACGAUGCUUAAGCGUGUCCAAGUGGCAUGCGUUACGCCCGGCUCCGCCUUUGCAUCGGCUCUGAUGUUGGGCAUCAGCGUUCAGCGCGCUUGGACGGGCAAAAAAGAAGAGCCAGAGCCGGACCGCAAGAGAGGGUUUGCCCGACCCAGCAUCGGUGGCGUUUUUUUUUGCAAAUGGAGGAGGAGAUUUUCUUGGGAUGCGCCGACAGUGAGAAAGGACGGGGUCGAAAUGUCGGACUUCACUUCUUCUUUUAGUCUGGGGGCCUUUGAUUAUUUUAACGGACAGUGUUUUUGCCAUUGGAUGUGGUCUGCGGCUACACGGUCCCCAAACAUGACACCGCUUCUCGUAUGUUUACUUAGCCUUUUUCGAUACUUAUUCCCCCCGCCUUUUGGUUCCUUCAUGUAGGAGGUAGUAAUUCACAUUCUAAUAUCACUCU